AUGUCGAACCGCCAGACUGCCAGUGAGGAGAUUGACGCAGCAUUUGCUGCUUGGGAAUCUCGCCCAGAAGUUUCCACCACCAACGAGGAUGAAUCAGCUAGUAUCACGACGGAUGUGGCGCUAAUGGCUGAUCGUGAGAGCUCUGAUACUUCAUUUGCGGAACAAGCGAUUUACGGGGCCGUGGACGGCAGUAGGACGAGCUUCGAAGAGACCCCCAACGGGGAAGCAGAAUCCGAGACAAUUCCCACCGACAAGCCCAGGGAACAGAUCCCCGAAGACCUCCCUCCCAGCCAUCAUGGUUACUACAGUUCCAGCUCCCGUAGCAGCUCCUCCAACCUGGCAACCAAUCCGCCCAUGGGAUGGCGAACGGGCACAUUGAAUAAGUUCAUCACUGAAGUGACGGAAGGGUCAAAAAUUCCCUCGUCGAAGGAGGUCGUUCUGCGUUUUAGUGCCUUUGCGGACAAAGCUGACAUCACAUUCGAUAUGGAUCGAUAUGACUGUGACGGCAUCAUUGUGGAAGUGCGCAGAAAUGGCUUGCUUGAACGGAAAGCCAGAACAGUCGACGACAGCUUCACAGUAGAUGUCAACGUAUGUCAAAUGGAUGAUGUCGAUGAGAUCCAAACGAUCAGCGCGUAUUUGGCUAAGGAAGGUAGGGUUGCAGCUCUCAUCAUGCGCUAUGUCUUUGAUGAUGUGCAGCAAGAAAGGUAG